UACCGCCCUUGUCAAGCCACUUGGGUAGACAACCAGAACGUAUCCUCUCCCCAUAUCUGUGUCAGUACCCGGUAGCUAAACUUUCCCUCCUGUUUGUACUCAGUAGUCUCUAGUGUUGAUUUAGAUUUUCAGCGGGUCUUGUCGGGUCAGUGAGCGGGGAUGGCGAGUACCUCAGGCCCGAUGACCACGCCGUGGGCGACCACGCCAGCACCGAGCAGCGACGACGCGGAGAUUCACUGGGCAGACAUCGUCGUCAUCGUGGUGUAUUUCGCCAUCAUUUUGGCUGUAGGCAUUUGGUCCGCAUGGAGGGCCAACCGUGGCAGUGCCAAGGGCUACUUUCUGGCUGGAAGAGACAUGGCAUGGUGGCCGGUCGGUGCUUCUCUGUUCGCCAGUAACAUCGGCAGCGGUCACUUCGUGGGGCUGGCUGGGACGGCGGCGGCGUCAGGGAUAGCCGUGGUCGCUUAUGAGUGGAACGCUAUCUUCAUCAUGGUGAUGUUAGGGUGGAUCUUCGUUCCAGUCUACAUCUCUGCUGGGGUGUUCACGAUGCCAGAGUACCUGAGGAAGCGGUUUGGCGGACAGAGGAUCACCGUGUACCUGUCCGUGGUCUCUCUCCUGCUCUACGUCUUCACCAAGAUAUCGGCGGACAUCUUUGCCGGUGCUGUGUUCAUCCAACAGUCCCUGAAGUGGGACCUGUACCUGGCAGUGGUGCUGCUACUGGCCAUCACAGCUGUCUACACCGUCACAGGCGGUUUGUCCGCUGUGAUCUGGACCGACACUGCGCAGACUGUCAUCAUGGUGGCCGGCGCCUUUGUCCUGACGGGGCUCAGUUUAGCGAGGGUGGGAGGAUACAACGAGAUGAUCAGGCGGUAUUUCCUAGCCGUCCCCACCGUCAGAGAUAACACCACCACCUGCGGUCUGCCCACUGCCGACGCCCUCCACAUGUUCAGGGACCCGAUCAACGCCGACCUGCCCUGGCCUGGCAUCAUCUUCGGGCUCACCAUUCUGGCUACCUGGUACUGGUGUACAGAUCAGGUGAUCGUCCAGCGGUGCCUUGCCGCCAAGACAAUCGAACAUUCCAAGGGAGGGUGUAUCCUGGCUGGUUACCUGAAGAUUCUUCCGUUCUUCCUCAUGAUAAUGCCGGGCAUGAUCAGCAGAGCCCUCUAUCCAAAUGAAGUUGGUUGUGUGGACCCGGAUGAGUGCCUGAGAUACUGUCAGAACGCUGCCGGCUGCUCCAACGUGGCCUACCCGAAACUGGUGGUGCGGAUUAUGCCUACAGGUCUGCGCGGCCUGAUGUUAGCGGUGAUGUUGGCGGCCCUGAUGAGUUCUCUCACCUCCAUCUUCAACUCCUCCUCAACCAUCUUCACCAUGGACAUCUGGAGGAAGUUCCGCACACAAUCGACGGAGAGAGAACUCAUGAUCGUCGGCAGGGUGUUUGUGCUCGUGCUGAUUGGGAUAAGCAUCCUGUGGAUCCCGAUCGUCCAGGCCGCACAGGGAGGGCAACUCUUCAACUACAUUCAGGCGGUCACCGGCUACCUGUCCCCGCCCAUCUGCGCAAGCUUCAUCCUGGGCAUCUUCUGGAAGAGGAUGACGGAGCCGGGUGCGUUCUGGGGCCUGAUGUCAGGCCUGGUGGUCGGUUUGAUCCGGUUGGUGAUGGACUUCGCCUACGGGUCGCCAGGGUGCGGCGAGCCUGAAUUCCGGCCGGCCGUGCUGUGGAGGGUCCACUUCCUGUAUUUCGCCAUGAUCCUGUUCGCCGUCAGCGCCAUCGUCAUGGUCGUGGUCAGUCUCUGUACACCACCCAUCGACGACAAACAUCUCCACCGUCUGACCUGGGCGACCCGCCACAGUGAGGAGGAGAGGGACGAUCUGGACAAGCCGCCGGAGACUGUCGAGAUGUCGGCUCUGAACGGCGGCGGAAAGGAGACGGCCGACAAGGAGGAAAACGACGUCACCGUCAGCAUCGUGGAGUCGCCGCCCCUGUGGAAGCGUGGUUUUGAUUGGAUGUGCGGCAUCAGCCAGAAGGACCAGGAGGCCCCACCGGAACCGGAUAUACACAUCUCCAUCAAGGAGAACCCUCGUUCUCGUCUCAUCCUCAACAUCAAUGCCGUCAUCAUGAUGUGUGUGGGAGUUUUCCUCUGGGCAUUCUAUGCGUAAAGACGACAAUUUCUUAGAACUUACUUAGCCCGGGUUUUAUGAUUUAUAAAGAAUGAUACUCAAGUAAAAAUUGAGAAGAAAAAUCACAUUGUCGAAAAAACUAUAUUGUACAUAAUAAUUUCUGAAAUCAGUGGAAAAUAAGUGUGAAAUUGGACACAUUGAUCUGUACUCAGUAGUUUUCUUUUUUGUUUGAAGAUUAGAAUAGUUGAAAUUCAUUUCUUAGCAUACCACAGAAAACAAAGUACUUAAGCUAAUGAAAUCGCAAUCUUCUUUUACAAAAAUGAAUUGAUGAUUCUAUUAAUAUAGAAUUACAGAGCCACCAGAAUAUAAGGGACCACUAUAAUAUGGAAAAGAACACAAGUGUAAGAUACCCGUCAUACUAUAGUCAUAGUAUUGCUCUACAGAAUUACUAAAUGGUACUAGUAUGCUGUUCAAGUAUACACAUAUGCAUUAUAACUUUGUAAGGAAAUUCUAACAAAAAAACUACAUUCAAAUUAACUUGAAAUGUGUGAAAUUGAUCAGCUGUAUGUAAAUAUGUUGCGCGCGUAAAGGAUAUCCAUAAGCUUUAUUUAGGGGUGUGUAAAACUGUAGACCUCGCUGAAAUAAAAUGGCGUCUGUACAGUCGUACAAUUA